AUGGAUCCCCGAAUGCAAGGUGGCGCUGCAACGCAGCCAGUCCACCAGAACCCUUUCUACUCUUCUGGCCCUUCCUCGCCUCAAGGACAGGAUCCUGCCAUUGAUGGGCAUGGAAGUCCGUUCAGUCCCAGCUCUCCCAAUGGCGGUGGCAUGCCCAUGAGUCAGUCAGGCUAUGCCGCCCAGCUUUCUUCUUUUGCCUACCAAGAAGCUGCUGCAUCUGGUGUGCGCCAGCGCGAACCAUAUCCGGCUUGGACCGUCGACAAGCAGAUCCCGCUUUCAAAAGAAGAGAUUGAAGAUAUUUUCAUUGACUUGGCAAAUAAAUUUGGUUUUCAGCGGGACAACAUGCGCAACAUGUACGAUCAUCUAAUGAUUCUGCUAGACUCGCGUGCGAGUCGUAUGAGCCCACAACAGGCCCUCCUUACUCUACACGCUGACUAUAUUGGAGGCGAGCAUGCGAAUUACCGCAAGUGGUAUUUCGCUGCACAGCUCGAUUUGGACGAUGCGAUCGGUAAGAUCCAAAACCCUGGGUUGGCCCGAGCUGCGAGUAUGGCGCAGCGCUCUGGUGCACCAAAGCGCGGCUCAGCCUUUCUAGGAACCAAGUCGCUUGAGAACGCGCGUGCCCGUUGGCGUGAUGCCAUGUACCGCAUGAGUGACUACGAUCGCAUUCGCCAGCUGGCCUUGUACCUCAUGUGCUGGGGUGAAGGCAGUCAGGUCCGUUUUGUACCCGAAUGUCUGUGUUUCAUCUUCAAAUGUGCGGACGAUUACUAUCGCUCGCCAGAGUGUCAGAACCGAUUGGAUCCAGUUCCGGAAGGCCUUUAUCUGCAUUCCGUGGUGAAGCCACUGUACACAUUCCUUCGUGACCAGGUCUUUGAAAUCAUUGAUGGAAAGUUCGUGAAAAAGGAACGCGACCAUGAUCGGAUCAUUGGCUAUGACGAUGUGAACCAACUGUUUUGGUAUCCAGAGGGAAUUAGUCGGAUCAAGCUCACGAAUGGCAUGCGUCUUGUGGAUGUGCCGCCUCAGCAGCGUUACAUGAAGUUUGACAAGAUCGACUGGCGGAAGGCCUUUUUUAAAACAUACCGGGAGUCACGCUCUUUCCUGCAUCUUCUUGUGAAUUUUAACAGAAUUUGGAUUUUCCAUGUCGCUCUGUAUUGGUACUUUAUGGCAUACAAUGCACCCAAGGCCUAUGAGCCCCACAGGUCUCCUACCGAUGCUCAAAUGCUAAGUGCUUCCGCUCUCGGUGGCGCCGUUUCUACAUUUUUCAUGAUUUGCGCUACUGUCGUUGAAGUGAUAUACAUUCCGACUACUUGGAACAAUACCAACCACCUCAUCGGUCGCCUGAUUGUGCUAGGCAUUUGCAUGGCACUUAUGAUUGCACCAUCCGUCUAUAUCUUUGGUUUCAACCGAGAUAACCAUAUUGCUUAUGCUCUCUCUGUUGCCCAGAUGGUAGUGUCGUCUAUCUUGACCACCAUCUUUGCAAUCUUGCCUACGGGAUAUCUUUUUGGUGACCGUGUCUCUUGGCGAAGACGGAAAUACAUGGCCAGUCAGACAUUUACAGCUUCGUACGCACGGCUACCCUGGACGCGUCGCUUCUUCUCGAUUCUUCUUUGGGUUCUCGUGUUUGGAUGUAAGCUGACUGAAAGUUACUUCUUCCUUUCACUUUCGUUCAAGGAUCCAUUCGGUGUCUUGGUGACUAUGCGUGUGAAACCAUGCCAUGACCGGUACUUUGGUACAGUGCUUUGCUCGCUGCAACCAACCUUUGCUCUUUCGGCUAUGAUGGUAAUGGAUUUGUGCUUGUUCUUCCUGGAUACGUUCCUUUGGUAUGUUGUAUGGAGCACAGUGUUCAGUCUGGGAUGGGCGUUUUAUCUUGGCUUGUCUGUCUGGACGCCUUGGUCAGACAUUUUCCAGCGUCUGCCUAAGCGUAUCUACUCGAAGUUGCUGGCCACGGCUGAUAUGGAAAUCAAGUACAAGCCCAAGGUGCUGGUUUCACAAGUAUGGAAUGCUAUUAUCAUCUCAAUGUACCGUGAGCAUUUACUUUCUAUUGACCAUGUGCAACGUCUCUUGUAUCAUCAAGCCCCUGCAGAGAAUUCCCCUCAUAAGCGCACACUUCGCGCGCCACCUUUCUUCUUGAAUCAGCUCGAGUCUGGAUCCAAACCUGAGUUCUUCCCCAAGGGUUCGGAAGCUGAGCGUAGAAUCAGCUUCUUUGCUCAAUCAUUGAUGACAUCGAUUCCCGAACCUUUACCCGUGGAUGCAAUGCCGACAUUCUCUGUGCUUACGCCUCAUUACAGCGAGAAGAUCCUUUUGUCUUUGCGAGAAAUUAUUCGUGAGGAAGAUCAAAACACGCGUGUGACACUGCUGGAGUAUUUGAAGCAAUUGCAUCCUGUGGAGUGGGAUAACUUCGUAAAGGACACUAAGAUAUUGGCUGAGGAAUCUGGUAAUUUUGCUGGUGGAGCACCGUUUGGCUUCGAGGACGAGAAGUCGAAUCUGAAGGGCGGUAAGUCAGACGAUUUGCCAUUUUAUUGCAUUGGUUUCAAGUCUGCAGCGCCUGAGUAUACUCUUCGUACGCGUAUUUGGUCGUCCCUACGAGCACAGACGCUGUAUCGUACGGUCAGUGGCUUCAUGAACUAUAAUAAAGCCAUUAAGUUGCUUUAUCGUGUGGAAAAUCCUGAGAUUGUUCAAUUGUUCGGUGGUAACACUGAACGUCUUGAGCGCGAGUUGGAACGCAUGAGCCGCCGCAAGUUCAAGUUUGUUAUUUCAAUGCAGCGCUACUCACGGUUCAACAAAGAGGAAAUUGAAAACACGGAAUUCCUGCUUCGUGCGUAUCCAGACCUUCUAAUUGCGUAUUUGGAUGAAGAGCCCCCAUCCAAAGAGGGCGGUGAGUCACGUUGGUUCUCUGCUCUUGUGGACGGACACUGUGAGCCAUUGCCAAAUGGACGUCGUCGCCCCAAGUUCCGCAUCGAGUUGCCCGGUAAUCCAAUUCUCGGUGAUGGAAAGUCCGACAACCAGAACCACGCGAUUAUUUUCCACCGCGGCGAAUUUCUUCAACUGAUUGAUGCCAACCAGGACAAUUACUUGGAAGAGUGCUUGAAGAUCCGCAAUGUUUUAUCUGAGUUUGAGACGAUUGACAUGCCGACGGAAAACCCCUACGGUCCGGGUUACCAUGUCUUUGACGAGGCACCGGUAGCUAUCGUUGGUUCCAAGGAAUAUAUUUUCUCAGAAAACAUUGGUAUUCUCGGUGACGUGGCUGCUGGAAAGGAACAAACUUUCGGCACGCUUGCUGCUCGUGGUAUGGCACAAAUCGGUGGUAAAUUCCAUUAUGGUCAUCCGGACUUUUUGAACUCAGUCUAUAUGACAACACGAGGUGGUGUGUCUAAGGCGCAAAAGGGUCUCCACCUAAAUGAAGAUAUCUAUGCGGGUAUGAUGGUUUUCCAGCGUGGCGGUCGAAUCAAACACUCUGAGUAUUACCAGUGCGGUAAAGGGCGUGAUCUUGGUUUCGGAACAAUUUUGAACUUUAUUACCAAGCUGGGCAACGGUAUGGGUGAACAAAUUUUGUCGCGUGAAUACUACUAUUUGGGCACUCAACUGCCGGUUGAUCGCUUCUUGACAUUCUAUUACGGACACCCUGGAUUCCAUAUCAACAACAUUAUGGUGAUUUUGGCUGUACAGCUUUUCAUGUUUGCGCUCAUGUUUAUUGGAUCUUUGUAUUCGACCGUUGACGUUUGUCCAGAUACGGAUGGAAUUCCUUUUGUCCUCGGCUCAGGUCAAUGCUACUACCUCAACCCUGUCGUGUACUGGGUCCAGCGGACGGUCAUUAGUAUUCUUCUUGUGUUCAUGAUUGCCUUCUUGCCUCUGUUUUUGCAAGAGUUAUCGGAGCGUGGUGGCUAUCUCUGCGUUUGUCCGUCUCUUGAAGCAGUUUGUGUCGAUGAGUCCUCUGUUUGA